UUGCAACAAAGUGAAGGGCAUGCAGAAGUUUACAGUCGCAGCGAUCCAAAUGGUGUCGCGCGCGACAUUACCGCCAAACAUUGACACUGUGCGCCGCCUUGUGGGAGAAGCGGCAGCCUCUGGAGCGUCCGUUGUUCUCCUUCCAGAGUACUGGGGGCUGUUGGGGCGAAUGGACACGGACAAAGUUGCAAUCCGUGAGCCUUUCCAAGAUCUUUCCAAGCCCAUGCAGCAAUGCAUGCAGUCUCUCGCCAAAGAGCACAAAAUUUGGCUCAUUGGGGGCACGAUCCCGCUCGAAAACCCCAUAGACACAACCAAAGUGUUUAACUCGACGCUUGUGUACAACCCCGCAGGCGAAGUUGUUCACCGCUACGACAAGGUUCAUCUGUUUGGGUACACUCCUGGCAAUGGUCAACCAGCUUACGACGAAGCGGCGACUAAUUUCCGCGGCGACCUGGCCCAGCACCCAGUCGUUGACACCGUCCUCGGUCCUGUGGGCCUCUCUGUUUGCUACGACCUCCGCUUUCCCGAAUUCUACCGAGCGCUGGGUCCGUGUUCGCUCGUGGUCGUGCCUGCCGCAUUCACCCACACGACAGGAAAGGCGCACUGGGAAGUCCUAUUGAAAGCCCGCGCGAUUGAGAACCAGUGCUACGUGCUGGCAUCGGCGCAGGGCGGCGUGCAUGAAAAUGGGCGGCACACGUGGGGGCAAUCCAUGCUCAUCGAUCCAUGGGGAUCCAUUGUGACCGAGCUGCGCGAGGGCGAAGGGGUCGUCGUGGGAGACGUUGACCUGGCGCAUCUCGAGACCAUCCGCCAGCAGCUCCCAUCGUUGCAACACCGAUGCCUCCCAUCGCGUGCCUGACGUAUUUGGUGAUCGUUCACAUGCAAAACGAUUGAUUCCAGUGGUCAAGUGUCCACAGUCGCAUGCGCAUUGACCAUGUUAAUGAUUGCAAUUGGUGCUCUUUGGACUUUCUACGAGCG